CGCGAGUGCGGAGGCAGGCGCACCGCCGCCCCUGGGCUGGGCGCGGAGGCCGGGCGGGGGCGGGCCGCGCGUCGGGCGCCAGGCCCGGGGCUGUGGGCACUGUGCCCAGCCCCCGGCGCACGCCGACCGCCGCCGCCACCGCCGCUGCUGCAGUCGGCAUCCAUCAGCGGGCGGGGGUGUCGCGAACAGGCUGCUCCGCAGAGCCCGCCGCGGCCCGCGCGCCGCCCCGCCCCGCGGCCUGCCGGGCCCGAGGAGCCGAGGGGGCCGCCCCUCGCCCAGCCGGCCCGAGAUGGGGACCCCCAGGCCCAGGCGUGCUGGUCACCAUGACAACAGAAACAGGCCCCGAUUCUGAGGUGAAGAAGGCUCAGGAGGAGGUCCCACAACAACCUGAGGCUGCUGCUGCUGUGACCACCCCUGUGACCCCUGCAGGCCACGGCCACCCAGAGGCCAACUCCAAUGAGAAGCAUCCGCCCCAGCAGGACGCUCGGCCUGCUGAACAGAGUCUAGACAUGGAGGAGAAGGACUACAGUGAGGCCGAUGGCCUAUCAGAGAGGACCACACCCAGCAAGGCCCAGAAAUCACCCCAGAAGAUUGCCAAGAAGUACAAGAGUGCCAUCUGCCGAGUCACUCUGCUCGAUGCCUCUGAGUACGAGUGUGAGGUGGAGAAGCACGGCCGGGGCCAGGUUCUGUUCGACCUGGUCUGUGAGCACCUCAACCUCCUGGAGAAGGACUACUUUGGCCUGACCUUCUGCGAUGCUGACAGCCAGAAGGUACCUGGCUGGGGGCCGGCCGCGAGGAAUUGGCUGGACCCCUCCAAGGAAAUCAAAAAGCAGAUCCGGAGCAGCCCCUGGAAUUUUGCCUUCACAGUCAAGUUCUACCCCCCUGACCCAGCCCAGCUGACAGAAGACAUCACAAGGUACUACCUGUGCCUCCAGCUGCGGGCAGACAUCAUCACAGGCCGCCUGCCCUGCUCCUUUGUCACACAUGCCCUGCUGGGCUCCUAUGCUGUGCAGGCAGAGCUGGGCGACUAUGAUGCCGAGGAACAUGUGGGCAACUACGUCAGUGAGCUCCGCUUUGCUCCUAACCAGACCCGGGAGCUGGAGGAGAGGAUCAUGGAGCUGCACAAGACAUACAGGGGCAUGACCCCCGGAGAAGCAGAGAUCCACUUCCUCGAGAAUGCCAAGAAGCUUUCCAUGUACGGAGUUGAUCUGCACCAUGCCAAGGACUCUGAAGGCAUCGACAUCAUGUUAGGCGUCUGUGCCAAUGGCCUGCUUAUUUACCGGGACAGGCUGAGAAUCAACCGAUUUGCCUGGCCCAAGAUUCUUAAGAUUUCCUACAAGAGGAGUAAUUUCUACAUUAAGAUCCGGCCUGGGGAGUACGAGCAGUUUGAGAGCACUAUCGGCUUUAAGCUCCCAAACCACCGGUCAGCCAAGAGACUGUGGAAGGUCUGCAUUGAGCAUCACACGUUCUUCCGGUUGGUGUCCCCUGAGCCCCCACCAAAGGGCUUUCUGGUGAUGGGCUCCAAGUUCCGGUAUAGUGGAAGGACCCAGGCACAGACCCGCCAGGCCAGCGCCCUCAUUGACAGGCCUGCACCCUUCUUUGAGCGUUCUUCCAGCAAACGGUACACCAUGUCCCGCAGCCUUGAUGGAGCGGAGUUCUCCCGCCCAGCCUCAGUCAGUGAAAACCAUGAUGCAGGGCCUGAUGGUGACAAGCGGGAGGAGGAUGCAGAAUCGGGGGGACGGCGGUCAGAGGCUGAGGAAGGAGAGGUCAGGACCCCCACCAAGAUCAAGGAGCUAAAGCCGGAGCAGGAAACCACGCCGCGACACAAGCAGGAGUUCUUGGACAAGCCAGAGGAUGUCCUACUGAAGCACCAGGCCAGCAUCAAUGAACUCAAGAGGACCCUGAAGGAGCCCAACAGCAAACUGAUCCACCGGGAUCGAGACUGGGAGCGGGAGCGCAGGUUGCCGUCCUCACCUGCCUCCCCCUCCCCCAAGGGCACUCCUGAGAAAGCCAAUGAGUCCCAGAGGACCCAGGACAUCUCUCAGCAGGACUUGGUACCCGGAACAGCCGCAGGGUUGGAAGUGUUCACUCAGAAAAGCCUCGCAGCAUCACCUGAGGGCUCGGAGCAUUGGGUAUUUAUAGAAAGAGAGUACACUAGGCCAGAAGAACUCGGUCUCAGUCUCCUAAAAGUGGCCAACACACAGCAGGAAGAAAGUGAGGCAGGCCUCGCUGAUAUCCUUGCCGAUGGCAGACUCUCCAAGGUAGACAUUCUGGUGGACAAGUUCAAAGUCGAAAUGGCCACAGAAGAAAUGGUGGGAACCAGAAAAGUCAACACUCAGCAGCAAGGGAGAAUGAUUGCAAGUCCAGAAGACUUUGAGUCGGUGUGGGAGGAAGGCCCCUGGGUCAGGGGAGGUUCCGGAGGGGCUGCCCGGGCUACAGGAUGCACAUUGUCAGACAAACUCCUUGAGGGCUCUGAGCUCAGGGUCAGUACCAGCGAGGUACCCAUCAGGAACUGCCGCAUCUCAGAUGGUCAGCUGGAGGGUAGGGCAGAGCUAAGGAAGAGGCGGGAGGAGCUCCAGACUUGUGGAAGAUCAGCAACCCCAAGGACCAGGCCAGCAGAGGGGGAGAUCCCUUCUCCAGCUUCUGACAAGGGAGGACUCCAGUCAUUUCUGUUGGAUCCAGGUCAUGCUGAAACCAGAGCUGACUCUAGCGAUGAGACUGAUACCUCCUUUGCAGAGAGGAGCUUCUAUCUAAACCAUGGAGAAAAAGAUCCUGAAGAUCUAGUUCUCCCUCUGCCAUUGGAAGAGAGAGAAGAGCAUUUGGAUGCCCCUCCUGGAGGACAGAUCAAGCCAGAACUGCCAGGGGAGCUCCCAGAGAGCUCGGAGCUGAAUUCCUUUGACCUGAGGGACUCUGCCACAGCUGCCAGGAGGAACAAGGAUGGAGCCCACAUUGCUUCCUCAGAGGAAGGAACCAGGUCUCCCAGGAACCAUGGAAGACAGAAUGACCUGCAGGGACCUUCUCCAGAACAGACAUUUGCUAAGGACUGGGAAGAAGCACAGCAGGGGAUGGAGGGAGAGUUUACCCACCGAACAGCCAGGGCAGCUGAAGAGGAAGAAACCCCUGCCAGUAGGGAUUUGAGGGAAAAGGCUAAAACAAGUCCCUCAGCAGGAUGGAAGAACCGCUCCACUAAUGGAGGAGGGGGUGUAUGCCUGGACCCCCAGGCCCAUGCCCUUUUGUGGACCAUCCCACCUCAUGUCAGGAAGCCAGUCAAACCAGACAGAGGCAGCUUCCUGCCCAAAGAGAGAGGAGCCAUUCAAACCCAAACUGGACAGCCUGAGAUGGGGGACCAGGAAGCCUCAGCAUUUCCUCACAUGGAGGUGGUCACCUCCCUGCCAGCCUCCCCUGGUCACUUUGAGGCUCUGGAAGCUCUGCAGGAAGCUUCUCCAAGUCCAGCUUCUCAUGGGUCAGGGGAGCCUUCAGAGCUCAGGGAUCUCUUUGGAGAGCAGUUCCCUGUAUUUCUCAAACAUGUCCAUCUUCCUAAAAGCAGCCCAGAGUCCAAGGACCAAGUCGAGUUAAUUGUGCCCCCUGACAUAGGAGGUGAAUGCAGGGCACCUCCAGUGGCCAGCAGAAAGCCCAGAGUUGUUCCUGAAGAAGCCGAAGCAGGGAUAUCCCUGGGAUUGGUGUUCUCUUCAGGAAAACAAAAGGAGAUGACCUCUUUCCAGACUGGGGGACAAGAGGGCUCCCUGGAAGAUAUUAGCAAGACCUCAGUGGCCAACAAAAUUCGGAUAUUUGAGACCCAUGGAGCUGAGACUCGUCGAACUAGUCAAAGUGAAACGAAGGCCCUUCCAAAUGACUUGAUUUCAGAGGCCUCCACGGGACAGGUAGAGCAACAACGGAAUAAGCUUUUAGACCUAGGCUUCGUCCAACUCCAACCCCCAGGGGACUUUGCCAGUCCCAAAACUACACAUUCCUCAGUGAUGCCUCUGGCUACCAGACACAUCAGGGAGGGCACUUCUACUACGCCUCACCAGGAAAGAUGCACAGAACUCGAGCUCACAUCCCCUGAUUCAGGCUGCGAAGCCACGCUGGAGGAAGCUCCUGGGGUAACUGGCUAUAACAAAUCCGGAGAUGCGGUCAGGGAAGAGAAGCGCUUCACCAGCUUAGCAACGAACGCCCCUGGGAAAGGGGGGCACCUGAGACUCACCAGCCCUUUGGGCCCUCAGAGAGCAGGGCUGAGGGAGGGAUCGGAGGAGAAAGUCAAACCGCCACGUCCCCGGGCCCCAGAGAGUGACACAGGAGAUGAGGACCAGGACCAGGAGAGGGACGCGGUGUUCCUGAAAGACAACCACCUGGCCAUAGAGCGUAAAUGCUCCAGCAUCACGGUCAGCUCCACAUCCAGCCUGGAGGCUGAAGUGGACUUCACGGUUAUUGGUGACUAUCAUGGCAGCGCCUUCGAAGACUUCUCUCGCAGCCUGCCUGAACUCGACAGAGACAAAAGCGACUCUGAGACUGAGGGCCUGGUGUUCUCCCGGGAUCUCAAGGGGCAGGAUGAUGAGUCUGGGGGCAUCGAGGACAGCCCGGAUCGAGGGGCUUGCUCUACCCCGGAUAUGCCCCAGUUUGAGCCUGUGAAAACAGAAACCAUGACUGUCAGCAGCCUGGCCAUUAGAAAGAAGAUCGAGCCGGAGGCCGUACUGCAGAGUAGGAUCUCCACUGUGGACCACACCCAGCAGGUUGAUGGGAGUGCCCCACUGGGGAAGGAGUUCAUGACAACCACCCCCUCCAUCACUACAGAGACCAUAUCCACCACCAUGGAGAACAGUCUCAAGUCCGGGAAGGGGGCAGCUGCCAUGAUUCCAGGCCCACAGACGGUGGCCACGGAAAUCCGUUCUCUUUCUCCGAUCAUCGGGAAAGAUGUCCUCACCAGCACCUACGGCGCCACUGCGGAAACCCUCUCAACCUCCACCACCACCCAUGUUACCAAAACUGUGAAGGGAGGAUUUUCUGAGACAAGGAUUGAGAAGCGAAUCAUCAUUACUGGGGAUGAAGAUGUUGAUCAAGACCAGGCCCUGGCUUUGGCCAUCAAGGAAGCCAAGCUGCAGCAUCCUGACAUGCUGGUAACCAAAGCUGUCGUAUACAGAGAGACAGACCCGUCCCCAGAGGAGAGGGACAAGAAGCCACAGGAAUCCUGACCUCCGUGAAGAGGUGCUGGCAUGUCUGGUCCAACCCACGCCAGAGAACCGUUAAGAAGGGGCCUUCAAUCUGGAUUCUCCAACACCAACACCGAUGUCCCAGCUGCAACGUACUGUCACUGAUGAGAGACUGGGAAGGGAAAGCAUAUAUAUAUAGAUAUAUAUAGAUAUAGAUAUAUAUACAGGAAACACCGCGUCCUUGCACUGCUGCUGGGGCUGGCGGAGCAGUCGGCCAACAGCAACAACCAACAUCUGCCCCAACCUACAUUUCCUUUGCAGAUAAAUUGGAUAAUUGGUGGGAUUUUUCAAGAAAAAAAAUAACAACGACCAUAAUCCCUUCCUCCCCACGUUCUCCUGCAAACCACAAAAGCAAGCCAGACCACGAUGAUUGUAGAAGUACCACUCAACCCUGGUUGUGCAUAGUCCAGUUAGUGGACAAGCAUUCCAUUUGUUCUUCUCCAUCAUCUGUUGCCCCUUCAGAUGCAAAGGAAAACAAUCAUGCAGCCAAGCAAGAGAAGUCGCAGCAGCAAGUCACACACAGUCAACCAUUCUCCAAGAAGGAAAGAAAGAAAAUCUCCCACUUGGACAGGAGGAGCAGGAACACUGGAUUAUUGUUUUCUGGGUCUUGACACUGGGCUGCAAAAUCCACCUUCUUUUCUUCCGCCUUCCCUCAGCCUCCACUCUCACGCGUCUUGUCCUCAUUUUUUGUCUUAGCUCCCUCCUGUCCCUAUCCCGCCCCCCUCCCCCUCUGUGUCCUGGUCCUGCUGAGGGCCACUACAGAUGACUCUCAUUCAAAACAAGAAAAAGCAAAGAAGAGAAAGCAAGAACAGAAAAUGAAGCCGUGGGAAGGGAAGUAGACAUUGUACGUUUCUGGUUUCUCUUGAUGAAGGUGCAGCUCGUAGGAGAUUUGUAUGGAUGUGCUUUUAAGUUAUGUAUAUUACAUAUAACAGGAAACAAAUAUUAAAAUAAACAGUGAUGGUAAGUAUGAAGCUGACAUUUUAAAAUUAUAAUUAUCUGACUGUGAUUGAUGUAUCCCAAGGUCCCUAGAUCUUGCUGAACUAGCCUAGCUGAGGAGACCUGAACUUUGGGUGCAGUGGCUCCCGGUAGGGGCUGAUGGAUUCAGUGUAGUAAUACUGUGUGUGGUGUUUGUAAUUGGGUGAUUGGUGGGGAGAGUGGGGCCCCCAGUGGAGACAUGGGGGCUCAACAAGAAGGAAGCAACAAAAUCCCGAACAUGCUGGUCCAAGAUGCCUUCUCCCCCAGCAGUAGCAGCCAGGACCUGCUCUGUGCUCAGACCCAGUGUCCAGAGUUGGGACUCUGCUGCUGAGGUCCCCACAGUAGAGGUCCCCUAGCUCAGUCCUCCUACCUCCCUAGGGGGCUUGCCUUGGUUUUCAGUCCUCUCUUUCUUUGUUUUAUUAUUACGAUUUUUGCCAUGUCUUGCCCUUCCUUGAUGACUAGCUCCACACCCAAAGGGAGAUGGUGCCCCUGACCAAGGUGGAAGAUGGUGGCUGUAACCUGGCUCCGUGAAAAUGCCCAGCUCAGUCUUUUCCUCUUCUCCCCUCAUAUUCUGAGUCAGUCUCUUCCUCCUGGGUCAAAUUAGCCAUGAUGAAAAGGCCAUGAACACAGGACAGACCGCAGUAGGUCAAAACUGCAUUUCCAAGGCCUUACCUACCCUAGACAAUGGACAGUGAAGGGCAGUGUUGCCCAAAGGCUCUGUCUCUUAUAAGAUCCUGAGCUGGGAGAGCUCCUGGUCAGUCUGCAUCUGAGCUCUGAGCCUGUGCCCUGGGAGUCCCAGCAAUUCCCUUGAGACCACAGAAGCCCUUGGAUAAGCCUUGUCACAGCUUGGCAUUGCCCUCUGGCACACGUGUGCUUCCCUGAGCUCCGGGAGUAUCUCUGAGGGAAAAUGUCCCACAGCACAUUAACUUCUCAGCUCUGCUUUUAAAGUGGUCCAUAAAUUCAUUCAGUAGAUAUUUAUUGAGAACCCAUUUGUGUCAGGCACUGUUCUCAGGCUGAAGGAGGAAGUGUAAAGGAGAGGAGGGAUCUGGGAAACCACCUCGACCAGUCUUAUGUCCCCAGCCAAGGCUGGCCCAUCUGAGAGCAUUUUUCCAACUUAUUCAACAUGCCCAGGAAUGUCCCCCAGAGGGCCCAACCUAGAUGCACCCCUCUUGGCUUAUCAGUGACCCCUACAAUGUAUACCUUAGCAAUUUAGCUGGUGCUGACCUGAAGCAGGGCAAGAAACCAGAAUAUCUUUUGUCUCUGGGCAAACAGAAAGUAGAACGAAUCUCUCAGAUUGCAGGGUUGGCCAUGUCCCCCACCUGCUGCCUGGUGAAGGCCAAUGGGCCCACUCUACUCCCUCUAGGUGCAGCAGCACUCUCUAUCCGCCAGGACUUGUAGAGAAGCCACAGAACCUUCUUCCUGUCCUUCUCAACUUGAGAACUCCCACUCUUUCUGGGCCAAGAGCUGGAAUGGCUCCAUCCUCUCGGAGCACCAGGAAUUUGGCUUAGGCCGCACCCCCCACCCCAGUCUUUGCAGGAACCAGGCAUCAUGAGCACACUGGACACACCUCAAAGGGAGGAUAUUUGUGCUGGGUUUUGCACCUACCUUCAGACAUCAGAUGUGUGGCUUCAGGGUGGGGAUAAAGUGACUGGGCUCAGUUCAUGGGCCAUCAGGGUUUGGGGAGAUCCCCAGCCCAUGGAUGCUCUGACCUUCCUUCUGUAGAGAGGCAGGCAGGGCCACCAGGGAGAAGAGAACCUACAAAACUGAAAUCUAGGGCACUAUUUUCCCCUCCUCCUGUCCAUAGAGAAUAGAGACGUUUGUCUUGUCUGUCUUCAACCUAUUUUUCCUUUCUUCUUCUUUAUACUUCUCAUCCUCUCUGUGCUGCCUCUCCAUCCAGGAGGCCAGGUAGCAUAGUGGGAAAAGUCCUGGAGGGCAGUCAGGAUUCUAGGUGACCGUUCUGACUCAGCCCCUAACUCACCAUCUGACCUUGGGUUAGUUGCAUCCCCCUUUGGCAACUGAGCCCCACUUGCAAAAUGAGCAGGGUGAACCGAUGCUUUCCAGGGUUUUUUCCCACUCUGCCAUCUUACAAACCUUUAUUUUCUCUUAUUUUGCUUUCUCUGGAUCUUUUCCAUCUGAGGGUACAGGAAGUGCCAGGACCUGUUUCAGUUUUUGAAUCCUGCAAGUACAUUCCAAGACUGGCCUGAAAUUGCAUGAGCAACAUCACUCUAAAUAAUUUUUUUUCCAAAGCACCUUACCAACCAACUGCGAUGCUGUCCUGUUCCCUUUCACUCACACCCCUUUCUCCUCUCUCGUCCCCACGCUCCCCCACCUCAGUGCUCCGUGCUGUAUGCGUGUGCUCUCUGUUCUUGUAUACUCAAUAAAAGUGAAAUAAAUGUGUUUGAUGCUGAACCACAGA